AUGAACAACGAGCUUAAAGACCCACUUGAAAAAGUUAGCAACUCACUCCGGCGAGCUGUGAGUAUCAACAAAAGUAAAGAGACUGAUCUACGAACUACAAUGAACACGAUACAACGAGAAUGUAGGAGAAGCUUUAAUACGUGGUCCUUAAAACAAGAAAAAUUCCUUCGAGCCAAACAGAACCUUGUACCAGCCAUGCAACUAGAUGAAGCUUUUCAGACAAAAAACGUCAAAAACGAUGACACAACACAAACCAAACCACGUGAAAGACGCAUCACUUUGGUGCGAGCUGUUGCACCAGUCAGCUUAGCAGACGCUAAUAGGAGUAGGUCUCCUGCAGACGUUGUACUUCCGAGCAUUACAGCACAUAACAAGACUGACGGUAGACGAAAGAAAAUAUCCACAUCGGGGUUGUUGCCACCAGUAAUAACCUUAGCAAACACUAGUCAAUUCUUCCAAGAAAACAAACGGACACGACGAAUAAGCGAUCACAGACAGCCGCUUACUAGUUUUACUACCAAUGAACGCGGAUACAAACACAACCUCUCUAGUAGAAUGGUUAAAAAGACGGGCAAAGUUGAUUUGACGACUGACAAGAAGCUCCUUGACCACUCUAACGUUCAUCACCAAGCAACAGAUUUAGAGACUAAUGAGGAGAAAAGCUCUAAACAAGUCAUGCCAGGUAUAACGGAAGAGACAGGAUACACCAGCCAUCAAGAACACAGUCUAAUUAGUGGUAACCUGCUUCCUGACAUUACGCCAACAGACAACACAAACCAGCGAGCCAAAGAACAGUGGAAGAAAGUACGAGAGUCACUGACAAAAAUCACAGGAAAAAAGAAAAAAACUGACAUUAACAAACUAUCCAUGAUAGAGCUUACGAAACUAUACGAGGAGAUUCGCGAAUGCAGAUAUCUCCGAGUAGGAAAUCAUUCACGUUUUACAGCUGAGCACCCAGAUCACACAAGCAGAACAUGCAAAUGUUUAGCGUGUACUGUUAAAGACAAGAAUAAACUGAAGAAUCAUUUAAGCGCACCAGAGUAA